AUGUCAUAUUCAUCUCAACCACCCGCUGAUUCUUCCACUCCGACGGAUAAUGAAAUUGCUUUGGAUGUUGGAGCAAUUGAAUUUUCUACACAAAUGACUCUUGGUGGUAUAAGUGGGGUUAAUGAAGUCACUCUUGGUGCAGACACUUCAGCCCCUGCUACCCGAAAAAACAUUGGCGCUUACGAUAACGCUAAGCGUAUUCAACAAAGUGGGUGGACGGAGCAAGAUGUAUUGGCUAAAGCGCAAGAAAUCUAUUCAGGUGGUGGUACCAGAAAUUUCAAUUUACUGGAAGAAUGGAUCGCUGUUCGUGAUCAACCAUGUUAUGGUAGUCAUGUUGGAGGGAAUAGUGACUCUGGAACUAGUGGAUCUAAGAGAGCCCACGAGAGUGAUGCUAGUGACCCCACUUGA